AUGACUGAUAUCAUAAGAGACGCCUGGCUAGGCCAGAUAAUCCGUUUUGUGUCCAAAAACAGGUAUCUCAAGUAUGCAGAGGAGGAAGAGGGAUUCUCUUGGCCACCAUAUGAUCCUACCAAGGAGGAGAAGUCUGGUACAAAUAUACUGCCGACGGAUCAGACAGCACGACCAGCAACGCCUGGAUCUAACUCCGAGCAAGAUGCUCAAGAAAAGCCGGAAAAAGAAUCAGAAACAGUCCGCAACCCAGAAGACCUGACAAUUCAUCGACCCGUGUCAAGAACAACGGUCCGAGACCAAGAAAGAGGCGCCGUCGAUCGUGUGUUGAGCAGAUCAUCCACAAGAUAUUCAGUGGAGCGAUUUGAACAGGAGCAAGCAUUGGCCAUGAACAAGACCAAAAGUUUACCCAUUGCUCCGACCACCACAACCGAUGGAAACAUUCUUGUUACGUGGUAUACCACGGACGAUCCAGAAAAUCCUCAAAAUUGGUCUCAUGCAAAGAAGUGGAUGGUCCUAAUACAACUUGGCCUUUACACUUGUGGUGUCUACGGCGCCUCGAGUAUGUACGUCAGUGGUCAAGAAGGAGUCAUGCGAGAGUUUGGAGUAGGCCAUGCGGCGGCUUCACUGGGCUUAGCAAUAUAUGUCAUCGGAUACGGUGUUGGUCCUCUUUUGUUCGCUCCAAUGUCCGAAAUAGCCCUCUUCGGUCGCAACUGGGUCUACCUACCAACUUUCAUCCUAUUCGUCAUCAUCUCUGUGCCUACUGCACUGGUGAAGAACUACGCUGGAUUACUGGUUCUUCGAUUCUUGCAAGGGUUCUUCGGUAGCCCUUGUCUCGCAAAUGGAGGUGCCACCGUCGGUGAUAUUUAUGGAUUUCUAGAGCUCCCGAUCUAUCUAUCGACAUGGACUGUCGCUGCUUUCUGGGGCCCUGCCCUGGGGCCAGUCAUCUCGGGUUUUGCUGUUCAAGCCAAAGGUUGGCGAUGGGGUCUGUGGGAGAUUCUUUGGCUUACUGGCCCAAUCAUGGUCGUCUUCAUAAUCUGCUUCCCAGAAACGUCCUCAGAUAAUAUCCUGCGUCGCCGCGCCCAAAGACUCCGCAAAGUUCUCGGCAGAUCAGACCUGAAAGCUCAAACCGAAAUCGACGAAGAAAAUCUGAAAUUCUCCGCAGUCUUCUGGGAAGCCCUUAUCAAGCCGAUCGAAAUCUUCAUCAAAGAUCCCGCCAUCACCUUCACCAACAUCUACACUUCCCUCACCUAUGGAAUUUAUUAUUCAUUCUUCGAGGUAUUCCCAUUGGUAUAUCCACCAAUGUACGGCUUCAACCUCGGAAUCACCGGAUUAACCUUUCUCACCAUUGGUGUCGGAUGUAUUAUUGGUCUGGCUAUAUUCCUCACCUACCAAUACCUCUAUCUCAUCCCAGACAUCAAGACGAAUGGUCUCAGAAGCCCUGAACAUCGACUGGUCCCCGCACUGUUUGCAGUGAUCGCGCUACCAGUCGGCUACUUUAUGUUUGGAUGGACUGCUCGACCUGCCGUCCACUGGAUCGCCAGUCUCAUCGGGGUGACCAUUCUGGUGGCGUCGAAUUUCAUCAUCUUUCAGUGUAUCUUCGUCUACAUCCCACUCUCAUAUCCGCAAUACACGGCCUCCUUGUUUGCAGCGAAUGAUCUCUCAAGAGCGUCAUUUGCUGCCGGUUGUGUCUUGUUCUCCCGACCAAUGUUUAUCAACCUUGGUGUCGGUGGUGGAGUGAGUCUGUUGGCUGGCUUGGCGGUUGUCGGUAUUGCGGGCAUGUUUGGCCUGUGGAAAUAUGGAGCAGUCCUGAGAUCAAGAAGUACUUUCGCCGCGAAGUGA